AUGAUAAAUCGUUUUAAACGUUUGGACCGACAGGUCCUGGAGCACUGCAUGGCCUUCGACGAGGACAACGACGGCCUCAUAGAAAACGGUGGCUUUCCCGACCAAACGUACGACUGUUGGGUGAUGCGCGGCUCGAGCGCUUACUGCGGUGGCCUGUGGAUCGCCGCGCUCCACUGCGCCGUGGUGAUGGCAGAGUUGCUGUCCGAGCGGGAGGACGCCUCGAGGUAUCGGGACAUCCUCGAACGGGGCAAGGCCGCCUUCCAGGAGAAGCUCUGGAACGGGUAUGGCCACUUUGUAAUAUUCUAA